CAGAAAACAUUUUCCGGAAGCGGAAUUGAAAGAAUUAUUUUGUAAAUGUCUGUCAAUUGUCAGUUUAAUUUAAUUUUUAUUGUUUGUUUGACAUGAUUCAAAAACAAAAAACAGUUUAUAAUAAUGUCUCUGCAAAAUUCUAAUGAAAUUACCACACAAUAAAGUUUGAUCUUUGUUGUGACUUUUAUGUACUGCUUAACGGAAAUGUCUAACAUAAACCUUUAAGUUUGAUUUCAGCAUAUGGAGCUGGAGAUACAAGACACUUUCUUGUGUGAUGAAGAUCAACCAACGCUUCAUAGUCCAAAACAUAUAUUUCCAAUUCCUAGUAAAAGAAAGAAUGAGAUAACACAAGGCACACAUAUCAGUGAAAAAACAUAUGACCAAGAGGCUAAAGUGGAAAAGGAACAAGCAGAAAAUAUAACAAAAAUGUUGAUGCGCAACUGCGAUUCAAAACUGUACGGUGAAGAUGACACCUCCCAACCUACGUCGCGUACUGCUCCCAUUAUUCCAAUGGAAGCUACACGCAAGAAAAAGAAGAGAAAGAGGUCACAGAUAUGUAUAUGCCUGACAAACUGCCGUUACGAGUCAAUAAGGAAGGUAGCGAGCGCGUUUGGCAUGCGAGAGGUAUCAGAGGAAGACGCUUGGAAUUUUUACUGGACGGACAUGAGCGUUUCUGUCGAGCGAGCGAAGGAGAUGAAAAGGUUUCAACGUAUCAACCAUUUUCCAGGCAUGUUAGAGAUCUGCAGGAAGGAUUUGUUGGCACGAAAUCUAAACAGAAUGCAAAAAAUAUAUCCAAAGGAAUAUAACUUUUUUCCGAAAACUUGGUGUCUGCCUGCAGAUUUUGGUGAAGCACUAAAUUAUAGUAAAUCCCGCAAAACCAAGACCUUUAUAAUCAAGCCCGAAUGUGGGAGUCAGGGCCGUGGCAUUUACCUAACUAAAUCACUGAAAGAUAUAAAACCUACCGAUAAGCUUAUUUGCCAGGUAUACCUCUCUAAACCAUACUUAGUGGAUGGAUACAAGUUCGACAUCAGGGUCUACACACUCAUAACGUCAUGUGACCCUCUUAGAAUAUUUGUAUAUAAUGAAGGCCUAGUAAGGUUUGCCACAAGCAGAUAUGCGGACCCUAGUGCAAACAAUACGACCAAUGUAUUUAUGCAUUUAACUAACUACGCCCUAAACAAACACAGUCGUACCUACGUGUACGAUUCAGAAGCGGGUAGCAAACGCAAGAUAUCGACGCUGAACAAGAUCUUGCUGUCACAAGGAGUCGACCUCGACCGGCUAUGGCAUGCUACCGACCAAGUGAUCGUGAAGACUAUCAUAUCCGCGUGGCCGAUACUCAAACACAGUUACCACGCGUGCUUCCCCUCGCACGACAUGGUUCACGCGUGCUUCGAAAUACUUGGUUUCGAUAUACUGUUAGAUCAUAAACUGCAUCCUUAUAUUUUAGAGGUAAACCACUCGCCGAGUUUCCACACCGACACACAACUAGACCGCGAAGUGAAGGAAAGCUUAUUAACAGACACGUUCACAAUGUUAAACAUUUGGCAGUGCGACAAGAAGAGAGUACUCGAAGAAGAUCGCAAGAGAAUACGAGAUAGGUUGCUGCAAACUAACAAGUUCCCUGAAUUAACUCCAGCUGAAGAAAAAGAGCCCGAAAAAAGUCCCUGGCAAACCCAAAUACAAUGGGAGGAAUCACAUCUUGGUAACUUCAGACGUGUGUACCCAGUGGGCGAGAAGUACGCGUCACUGUUUCAACAGCCGUCGGGCUCUCUGUACACCGGCACGGCAUCCUCGCGUGCACGCGGGGACUGUACUCGUAUUCAACGAGAGGAGUUUCAACAAACGAAAGCGAAAGCUGAGGCUUUGAAGAAACCUACCCAAUCCAAACAGUUGAAAGAUGAGAAGAAGCUUGGUGAAGACACGGGCACCACAACGGGUGGCACUGUGACUACUGCUACUGUAACAGAUAAAUUAACUAAAGCCAAGACGCGGUGUGACAAGGAACCAAAACGUAAGGACAAGGAGAAAGACGAGAAGGAUAAGAAAUUGACAACCAAACUCUCAUCUAUACUGAAGAACUCGCCAGAGAAAGAAACGAAAGCUGCGUAUGUAUUGUCUUCGUACGAACCAGACCCAAUAGUUGAGAAGGAAGAGCGGGAACGAGUUAACUUGCUGGCGCAGCGAGAUUUUCUUAUAAGAAGUUACGGCAUGUUGGAACAGAUUUAUCUAGUCAUGAAAAAAAUGGGUACACUAAGACCAGAAGAUGAGCGAAAAUAUGGGGUUUACGGGCGCCUCUCUAUUGUCUCUAGCUCUCCCAAGACCGUCAUAAAGAUAAGGGAAAAAUAUGACAAGCGUAAACAGAACAACUUUGGAGACUAUUUAGAUAAUGGACUGCGUGUGCAAUGUCGAGAUGCGCUUAUCUAUGAACGGCCGGUCGCGGAACUGGACGUCACUGACGGAACCACUAAAACGCAUCUCGUUCGCAUGGCCUACACCUUAUGGAAGAUGAAUUCGUAA